AUGCCCUCAAGUCGUAGAUCCGGUCGCUUGUCCGGUGUACGGAAGACCUACACAGUUGACCCAUUUGCGGAAAAUGACUUGGAUCUAACCAUCUUUGGGGAAGAGGAUAGCAAGACACCGCAGAAUAAGGGCAAAGGGCGAGUUCAAGGGGACGAUGACUCUGACGAGGAAUUCCAGGCACAAGAAGAGGAAGAGGAAGAGGAUCCUGAUGGUGAUGUAUCUGAGGCUGAAGAACCCAGUGCUGAAAAUGCUGGCGAAGGAGUCGAUGCAGCAACUUUCAAAAGCCGUCGUCUUAAAGGCUUCCAAAAGCCGGUGCGACUCGAUCAACCCAGGUCAACCAAGAAGCGGCGUCCCGACGGCGCUAUCGUGCUGACUGGUGAUGAGACUCAUUCUCGAGGAGCUUGGAAUCCGCUUGAACAUGCAGGGAAAUCAAUUCAUUUGCAGGUGACGUUUGGGCUCGAUGAGAGGGAUCUCCUGGCUGUUCUGUAUACGAGGGAUAGGUGGUCAAGGGGGAUUGAUUCUACGUUUCCGACUCGGGUGUCGUUGGACGAAGCAGAGAGUUUGCGAGAUUACAAGUAUGGUUUGACUUUCGGAGUUGAGCCGGAUGAUUAUGAAAAGGAGAAAACGAGCAGCUGGGACUGGUAUUAUGACGAUGAUGGUCCCGGAGGGCGAUUCAGAAAACGCCAACGAAUCGAGCAGAUCAAUGAGCAAGAAGCAUGCCCGACCUUUUUGCCUACACCGAAACAGGGAAAGCAUACUGUGCUUAUGGGCCCCGCUGGCAACCAAAUGGAGUUCAAUCUGAACCAGUACGAGGUCUUCAACUUUGGGGAUGCGUGGGGAGAGCUCAAGAGUCGGAAUCAGAAGGAAACAUCCAACAAAAAGAAACGGCAGGGCUGGGUACUUAAUAUUGGGCAGCGCAUCCAGUGUUUGGCCUGGGUGCCGAACCAAAGUGGCCGUGACCAGUUUCUAUCUGUGGUAGCUCCAAUCACGAAUGAGCAAAAACAGAUGUAUCUAGAUCCUUUGAAGGACUACGCAGCCGCAGCAUUUCGGUCCUCCGCACCCUACCCAUGUGCCCUGCAGAUCUGGGCGUUCAAAGCUAGCGAGGAUGGCGGUCUCACGAAAACCAUUGAUAUGAACAUCGAGCCCAGCCUACGGUUGAUUUUAUGUACCAAAUGGGGCGACUUAAGGCGAAUGGCCUGGUGUCCUAUUACCCGAAAGCCGCGGGAUGAAGAUAACAAAGGCGGCUUCAGAAAUUUAGGGCUACUUGCCGGGGUAUGGGGCGAUGGUUAUGUCCGAGUUAUUGACGUGAAAGUGAACAAUGAUCCCACAAAGACCGAAUUUUACAGAAUCGAUGUCCCAGUGUUUGAGGCGCGGCCCCCAUCCACAGUAUGUACAUGUGUGGCAUGGAUGUCUUCGAGUGACAUUGUUGUGGGCUGCGCAAACGGAUUCGUUGGCGUAUGGAGCAUUGCGCCGCCCUUUAAUGAGCCUCAAACUGACAACCUACCUUACUUUUACCAUCCCAUUCACACCACUUAUGUUCUCAACGUCUCGCCCGGUUAUCCAACUCACGCCCAUUUGGUGGCUACCACCUCUAUGGAUGGAGAGACGCGACUAACAUCAAUAGUCGACCAUGAAAAGGACGUGGUCGAAACAACUCGCAUGCGAGUGGGCUCGCCGUAUCUGACCUACUCGCCCUGGCUACACUCAUUCGUCUCUAGUGAUGAAAACGACUUUGUACGUCUGUUGACUUUGCGGCGCUUCUUCACCACCCUGGCGGUCGCUCGGAUGCCGAGCACUGUUUCUGCUUUAGCGACGUGCAGCCCCUGGCACCCUAGUGCGCUUAUUGGCUGUACUGGGGGAACAGUAAUCUCGACGAAUCCCUUACGAAGACUAUUGCAUUCCAAGGAAAAGCAAUGGCAACAGGCCUGGUUCUCGCAUACCUGGGUUCAAGGAGAAGACCCAAGCAGUCCCGGGGUCAGUCGAUUCUUCGAUGGUUUCCGUGCUGAAAGCAUCAGUCUGUUACGGAAUAUGACAGGGGACCGCAAGAUGGUCAAUGGGACUAUGGUAGUCACCAUUUACGAGGAGGAGACGCACGUCACGGCGCUGUCGUGGAACCCUAACCAGUCAUGCGCGGGAUGGGCGGCUGCCGGGCUGGGAUGCGGACUGCUUCGAAUUGAGGAUCUGGCCAUGUAG